UCUCGGCUGAUGAAACUGCAGAUUCCAGAAUUGUAGUAAACAUCGGAACAGUACAAACCUAGACAAACCCUAACAUAAUCAACAUCUAAUAGGACGAAAUUUUAUCCCCUGCUCAUCACAGUCCUCACGUUCCAAGUCUCAAGGAAGGAAGGGAAGAAAGGAGGAAGUAAGUAAGUAAGGAGGAAGGGUGGGAGAGACAGAUAGACAAACAGAGAGCCUUGUGGAUUCUGAGUGGAAUUCGUCGACCGAAUUGUGCAGUCAUCGUAAGAUUCGGUGCCGGAGCUGAAUUGGACUCAUGGGUGUGUCGUUGGAUGAGCUGGUUUUGGCCCUGCACGAUGUGGAGGCUGUUAAGUUCGGCAGCUUCACGCUCAAGAGCGGCAUCACGUCGCCGAUCUACAUCGACCUCCGAGUGAUCGUGUCGUACCCGAAGCUGCUCGAGAAAGUGGCCAAGGCGAUGCACGACGCCGUGGCCGACGCCCACUACGAUGUGAUCUGCGGCGUCCCGUACACGGCGCUGCCGAUCGCCACCUGCAUUUCGCUCGAGCACUGCGUGCCCAUGGUCAUGAGGCGGAAGGAGGUGAAAGAUUACGGCACCAAGAAGGCGAUCGAGGGCGCUUUCAAGCCUGGGCAGACUUGCCUGGUGAUCGAGGAUCUGGUCACCAGCGGUGCGUCCGUUCUCGAGACCGUCGUGCCGCUUAACGAGGUGGGCCUCGAGGUGACGGACGUGGUGGUUCUAAUCGACCGUGAGCAGGGAGGAUCCGCCACGUUAAAAAAGAACGGGCUCAAGCUGCACUCUGCGUUCAAAUUGACCGACAUCGUCGACGCUCUGGUUAGGCACGGGAAGCUGUCGCAAGAGAUCGCAGAUUCGGUGGUGAAGUUCUUGGCCGAUAAUCAAACCACCGUCGAGAAGCCUGCCCCCGCUCCUGCCCCCUCACCAGCUCCGCGCAGGAUUCCAUAUGGCCAGAGGAGCGAGCUCACUCAAAACCCCACCGCGAAGAAGCUCUACGAGCUCAUGGAGAGGAAGAAGACGAAUCUGUCUUUGGCUGCCGACGUCUCUACCGCAGCCGAGCUGCUCCGUCUUGCCGAUGCGGUUGGACCUGAAAUUUGUGUUCUCAAAACUCAUGUGGACAUUUUCCCUGACUUCACCCCGGACUUCGGUGCGAAGCUUCGUGAGCUUGCAGACAAGCACGAUUUUUUGAUCUUCGAAGAUCGCAAGUUUGCAGACAUCGGAAACACCGUGACAAUGCAAUACGAAGGUGGUAUUUAUAAAAUCCUGGAGUGGGCCGAUAUUAUCAAUGCCCACGUCAUUCCCGGGCCUGGUAUUGUGGACGGGCUCAAGUUGAAGGGCCUACCGCAGGGUAAAGGUCUUCUUCUGCUCGCAGAGAUGAGUUCUGCGGGAACCUUGGCAAAGGGCGAGUACACAGCUGCGGCAGCGAAGAUCGCAGCUGACCACCCUGAUUUUGUCAUCGGCUUCAUCUCUGUCAAUCCCGCGGGGUGGCCAGCCGGACCUGGCAGUCCAGCUUUGAUUCACAUGACUCCUGGUGUGCAAAUGGGAGGAGGAGGAGAUGCCCUGGGGCAGCAGUAUAACAGUCCUCAAUCGGUUAUUGAGGAGCGUGGAAGCGAUAUUAUCAUCGUUGGCAGAGGUAUUAUCAAAGCGAAGGACCAGGCCACAGCUGCGAAGGAGUACAGAUUGGCGGGAUGGUCAGCAUAUCAGCACAGUCUUAGCAGCUAGGUAGAGAUCUUUUUUGACAAGCGGCCCAAUUUUGACCUCAGUAGGGACCUGAAAGGCAGCAAUCAAGAGCAUUUUGGUCCCUGCGCUCGUAUUCACUUAUCAGCACAGCUGCAGUUUUCUGAAGCCUCCAAGUCAUAGCUAAGUUCGUGACUUAACACCCAUCCUCUCUCUGCUUCAAGUGAAAACUUUGAAGUGGAGAAAAUUCUCCUCUGCAAGUGACAGUCUGGCCAACCGAAAGUCCACAUAUUUGGACAAUACGGCAAUGAAACCGAAGCAAAUGCUUGGAAGGCUGGGUUCCGUGGAAGCAAGAACUUCUGUUCUCUCAACUUCAGUCAUUUAGCCUUCAUCUCUAUACGCAGUCUUGCGCUAGAAGGAUCGAGUCGAGAUCGAAAAAUGGAUUCCAACCACCCCUCAUCUAUCCAACUCCACUUAUAGAUGUGGUUAGUGUGGUUCCAUCUCUAGUAUGAUCUCGGUUCGAUCAGAUCGGACGGUAUGUUUUCUUCGACACGUUCUGUAUCAUUGUGCACGUUUCAGUUCUGUAAACAGCUACCUUGUAUGUAGAGUCAUUGCAAGCUUGGGUAAAGUCGCGAGCAAAGAAUCCGGUUUUCAUAAAUUUCGCUAGGGAAUGGACGUUCGACGUGACAAUGUGGAUGUGAACACUCAGGAAGCAGGUCUGUGUUCCAGAUCGCGAGUGGGGUAUUUUUUCCGUGCAUUGCAGUGUAAGUAAUCAAGGCCUGAUGUGUCACUUUAACACCGAAACACCUAUCGUUGUAGGCGUUGUGAAGUAGUAAAGCCUCUGAAUAUCUGACUCCAAAUUU